CCUGUCACUGUUAUUUUUCGGGCUUUUAGUUAUGUCGGAUAAAAAGUUAUUUUUUUUGUACUGAGAAGUUCCCGAAAUAAAAAUAUUCACUAUUGGCGGUGGGUGGAUCGGAAAUGUCCAGUGCCCAACAAAAAAUCGACGAUCUUUUGGACAGACUUAAUCAGGACAGAUCUCCCAGAAGCCCUCAUAUGAGCGGCCAUACUCCCUUUGGAGGGUUGCCUCCCGCUAGACCUUCCUUACCCAUUGGACUUAAUAGCAACAGUAACAGCCCCACUAUGCAAAGACCGCGGCACCUAGCAUUUGCACAUAAAGCGAACGAUAACACGGAAGUUGAGAGAAGAUUAAAAGAAAUUAUGAAAAACAGUGGUGAUUUACGAAUAGAUGACAAAGUGUACUAUACUGAUAUUAAAGAAAUGGAACAUAUUGAAGAACUUGGUAAUGGCACUUGCGGUCACGUAGUUAAAAUGAAACACAAGCCCAGUGGUAAAGUCAUUGCAGUGAAGCAAAUGAGGAGGUCAGGCAACAGCGACGAAGCAAAACGUAUAAUAAUGGAUAUUGAAGUAGUUUUAAAAUCCGACUGUAAAUAUAUAGUUAAAUGUUUAGGCUGUUUUAUCACUGAAUCUGAAGUGUGGAUUUGUAUGGAAUUGAUGGACACUUGCUUCGAUAAAUUAUUAAAAAGACUUAAGCAAGCAGUCCCUGAAGAGGUCUUGGGGAAAGUUAGUGUUGCAACUGUAGAAGCUCUAGCCUAUUUGAAAGAUUAUCAUAACGUUAUACAUAGAGACGUAAAGCCGUCGAAUAUACUUUUAGAUAGUAAGGGAAACGUAAAACUCUGUGAUUUUGGUAUAAGCGGUAGGUUAGUGGAUUCCAUGGCUAAGUCAAGGAGUGCAGGCUGUGCAGCUUAUAUGGCACCCGAGAGGAUAGAACCGGACCCCCAAAAUCCCGAUUAUGAUGUCCGAGCCGAUGUAUGGUCGUUGGGCAUCACGCUGGUCGAACUAGCCACCGGUGUUUUCCCCUAUCAAGAUUGCAAGACUGACUUCGAAGUGCUCACCAAAGUUAUCGGGACUGAUCCGCCUUCUCUACCUAAAGAUAAGGAUUUUUCGACGGAAUUUAGAAAUUUUGUAGCUUGUUGUUUAACAAAAGAUAAGAAGCAAAGGCCUAAGUAUACUAAGUUGAAAAACCAUAUUUUCAUUAAGAAAUAUCAGGAAACGGAAGUGAAUGUCGGAGACUGGUACGUAAGGGCAUUGGAAAGCGUCGGUGAUAGGGCUGCGAUAAGACACGUACCGCCUGACCCCGUCCGCCAUUUUUUCAACACGACGACGCAACACCCUACCGUGUCACUCCCGCCGUCGACACUCAACGGUAGUUCAUUCGCUCCGAAGCCCCAAUGCGACGUUGCCAAGCGACUCCCGCAGCAGCAGCAGCAGCCUCAACCGGUGCUGCAGCCGUUCGGCCAUAAUUCCCGCCUGGAAGCAUUCAGGGAAAGGGGUGGAGCGGUCGCCCCUGUAGCCGUCAGUCGCGGGUUCUCCCCGCUGCAAGCCUACCAGAACCAUCUGGCAACGCUGCAACAGCGAGACGAGGUGGGUUUCAGGUCGCCCAUGCCGCAGAGGAAGUUCGCCAGAGGUGGCAGUUCGGGACCUUCGUCUUUGCCUGAAAUGCGAAGUUCGAGCGAACCCAGGUGGAAACUACCCCCUGGGUCUCCUCUGCCGUUAAGGAACCAGUUUGAGACGGACGAAUCGCAUUACGUCAAGGGCAACACAAGCCCCAUUAUCUUACAACGUUUCUACCACCAGCAGAAGCAACAGCAAGUCCUCAAGGAGGCAGAGGAAAGCGCCAAAACGGAUCCAUGUAAAAAGCGAUUCGCCUCGUACAUCAAACUGCAGCUAGGUGGCGACAGGGGCAGCGGCCGGUCCUCCAGGCACCAGAGCCCCGAACCGCCCCCUCGCUUAAGCCGGGGUCCCAGCGCCGAACAGAGCCCUCUGGCGUUAAGGAGGGCCUUCUUAGACGCGCACGCGCCCAACUCGCCUAGUCUAUCUCGCAGGUAUGUACAACCGACGCCUCCCGUGCCUCCCCCUCGACGCCUGUCGGAGAGCUCCUCGGUGCCAGGCUCACCACAACACCUGAGGGCGCGUUUCCACUACACGCCCGAGCCGCAGCGGCGCGUCUUCCAGAACGACGUGUCGUCGUAACGGCGCGUGCGCGGCCACGCGUUCUUCGCGGCGGCGUUCACCAGUCUAGUCAGCGGCAGCAUGAGCAGUAGCAGCAACCGUUCAGAGGUCGACGGCAGUAGGUAGGAUAGAGAGAAGGUCGGCUUUUUCAGGGUAAACUUUUGAGGAAACUACAUAGUUUUGGGGUUAUAGCAGGUCGGUGUAGAAGGGUUGUAAAAUGCUCGAGGAUUUAUUUUUGGCAGGGUUGUGAUUUUUAGAGAUAUUUGUUUAUGUAUGUCUGGUGUGUAAAGAAUGUUCAGGGAUCGUCCUAGAUCACACCAGGUCGGCAUUUAAAGCUUUGCAUUUUCUCAAGCACAUGAAAUCUACCUUCAGAUUAAAUGGUUAUGCCAUAAAUACCAUUAGAAAUCAUGACGACAUGCUAUUUUCGUAUCUUCUCUAUUGCAUUUAUGAAGCGUUUAAUAGAUUUGUCCUUUCCGAGAACCUUGCUUUGCGCAUUGAACAUAUUUCCAAUAUUAUGACAAGUGUUGAGUAGUGCACAAUAUUGUAUUCAUUUUGGACAGUUCAUUUGGAAACGCUACCAAUUUUAUAUUAUUUUUCGUUUGAAUUGAAAUACUUAAUAAUUGAUACUAAAAUAUAUUACUGUAUUAGUCUCAGUCAAUAAUUAAAGAAUAAAUUCUCGUUUUUAAUAUCUUAUACAAAAAGUACAAUUUUGUAAGGUUUAAAAAGUUCAAAUUAAAUGUCGUUAAGGACAACCCUGGGACCUGUCAUAAAAAUCAUAAAACUCAACCUUAUUUUCAUUGCCUAUGACAGUUGUUUUUUUUUAUUUUGACUUUUAUCACACUUUUAUAUUGUAAAUGGUGCAAGUAUGUUCAGUUAGUUAAUUUUAUCUCUUUAUUUAUAAUUGCACAUCAAUUUUUAAAAUUCAUGUUUGAAUUUGGCACGGGGGCGAUAGUUCCUAACCAAGGAUAAAUAGAGUAACAGUACCGUGCGUGCAAUAAAGAAAUACGAUAAUAGUACGUCAUUGAUAUAUUUACGACAGCUUAUUUACUUAUCCACGUCAGUAUAUAUGUGAUCUAGGUUUCAAAUGUCAUUUCAUGACAUUGACAUGACACAAAAACCAUUAAAACUUGAAAUUAAUCGAAAGUCUAAACUUUAGUUUAAACUGGAGAUUUUUUCCUUUAAUAUAACUUUAUAACUUUCAAUUAACUAAUAGUAGUUAGGUUCGUGAGAGACUGGCGUAAGUACUUUCUUCAGGGACUUAUUUGUGUUUAAUUGCACAGAAUACAGAGUAUUUUUUUACAAGUAAACAGAAACUAAGUUUUCUUUAAAAUUUGUUCAUCAUUAUUUUCAUUUUUGAAGGUAUUUGUAUAUAAAGAAAAAUGUAGUAUUGUAAUAUUGUAAGUUUUUUGAACUACAUUUUACUAGUGUUCUUUUUGUACACUUUAAGUACUAAUUUAGUCAAAUCUUGAAAAGAAUUCUGUUUUUUUUUUCUUCGCUAUCGGAAGAAAAUCUUCAAAAUAAAAAAGCUAUGGAAUGGAAACACAGAAAUCAGUUUGUUUUUUUUUUCAAUUUCUUCAUGUGUUUACACCUUGUACAACAGACCUACUAUAAACCCGACAAAUCUGACAAAUAAAUAAAAUAUUGACCGAUUCAAGAUUAAAAACAAAACGGCUGUGAUAUAGAUUUAAAAAUAAAAAACGGUAGUUGAGAUUUUUUAAACUUUCGGUCAAAAUUUUUAAUAAAAGCAGAUAUUCAAAAAUCGGUGCUUUCAACAGCUAAAAUAUAGUGAACGCCCUGUACAUACGAGUAUAAUCUGCUUUAGAAAAAUGUCUUUUUGCAUUGUUUAUUAAAAAAGUUUACUUAGAAAAAAUAAGUGGGAAAUUUAACAAACAGAAACAAAAUUGAAUGUUGCAAUUAUAAUCGUGCCUAGACCUUCUUUAGUUAAUCUGUACAAAUAUCUAGUAAAAGAAAAUAUAGACCUGCAGUAUACGUUGAUUGCCAUUAGUAUUUCAGGAAAUGUAUACUAUAUACGAUCGGAAAAAAAGGGCGUCGCAGUGGGGGGAGGGGAAUCAAAGAUAAAAAUUUGUCUGGCCACGAUUUUCAUUCUUAUUUCAAAGAUCACUGGAACGCCUGUUUUUUCGAUCAUAUCAGUUGACUAAAGAAUACAAGAUCAUACAUUUGUAUAACCUCAAAAUAUUGCCAGUGUACCAUAGAUAAAAGAAAUAAAUAUAGAUUGGAAUGUUCGGCUUCUCACAAAAACUUACAAUUGUUUUGAAUGACAUACGUUGUGGGACAUUGUUAUAGCAGUUGCUAAGAACAACCGCAAACAAGGAGAAAAAGAAUUUUCUCUUGUCAAACUCAGUAUCUUCAAAAAUUGAAAAAUUCCUAAAAAAACUCAAAAAUUUAAACCGUUUUUGGUGAAAAAAAUACCGAAAAGUAUAUAAAGUGUUCUUUUUAAGUUAUUAUGAUCUUGGAUCUUGAUAAUUGAGGAAAAGUGGCAUUAAGAAACUUAAAAACUGUUUUGUGAACUGUAAUAACCACCGUGGGAUAAAACAUCGGUUCCAUCAAAAAGCGAUCCACGUAUUUCCAACAUUGAAUUAGCACUAUUAAACCUGAGGGAUCAGGUUUUAACUAUGAUCUAAACGCUUCACACUUCACACUGCUGUUUUACAGUUUUUUUAAUGUAUUUUAGGGAUUUCAUACGUGUGUUUAUAUCUUUGGUUUAUAUAAAAUAAAAAUAAUUAUAUGUAACACACUGGUAUUUAAUUUAUGAAAAUAAAAGAAAGUAAUAAUAAAUUCGAAUAAAAAAUAUUUUCCUUUAUAAUUACGGAAAAUGCCGAACCGUUCCGAAAUUAUCAAAAGCAUUGUCUCGUGUCCGCUGCAAAAACAGUGCCAAAUAGUAUUAACAUUGUCCUUAUAGGAACUUUCCAAUCUAAACUUGUUUCAUUUAUCUAUGCAGUGUACUUGAAAUAAUUUUGGCAAUAGAGACGCAAAAAGUGCUUGGCGCUUAAACAUGUUAAAAUACGAAGAAAAAAGCAUACAAAUUUUCAAUCAACUGUUUCAUUAGUCUGUUUUUUUAUAGUCGAUCACUGCCAAUAGCAGAAGCAUUUUUUAGCUUUUCUGUGUUAUUUUUUCUUGAGAUAGUGGGCUGCAGAGAGGAAAAAAACUAUAGUCAAAUACUAGUCUUGUAUUAUUAACUGGACAUUUUUUUAAUUAAUUAUGUACAUGAAAAAAAUGUCCGGAUUAUAAAAUUCCGACGUCAACAUUUCGUUUGUCGAGUCCUAAUUUCACCGGUCCGCAAAAAAAUAUUUUUUUCUCAAGCUCUGGCACUAUUCCUGCUUAUGUAAAAUGACGUCCCGAAUACAAGUAUAGCACCCGUAUUCAUCAAACACCCACUAUUUUUAGGAGACCACGCCUCUCUAUUUUUAUCA